AUGUACUGGUAUCAUACACAAGCAUAUCUACAUGGUACUUAUUUAAUUGCAUCUGAACGUGUAAACAGAUUAGUUUUAUUAAAUGAUUUGAAUGAAACGCGUCAUUGCAGCAAAUAUUUAGUGCCUCCAGAUGGAUCAUCUGACUCGGAGUCUUCUUCGGAAGACGGUGAUUUGUCAACAACAGGAGAUUUGGUAGAUGCAUUAUCUAUGACACCUAAUGAUGGAAAUUUGAAUGUUUCAAUGAAAUUUAAGCCUGGACAAUUCGAGUGCCCGUUGGUUUACGAGCAAAAAUUCCCAUUACACUGGAGAUUGAGACCACACCAAGCAUUGAACAGUGUCACAUCAUUAAUCCUUCAUCAAUUGGUUGUUAAUAAUCGUAAACAUAUGUUUGUGAUACCAAAAGAAAAGAACAUAUUUUAUAUCAAAGUGUCUGAAGUUGAUGGACAUCCUAUAUAUGAAAAUGAUGAUGACGUUAUAUCCAAAAACCAUGUUGCUCCUUCACCUUUGAUACAAACUGCUACUUCACAAUCUCAGCAACAGCCACCUACUGCAGAUUUACAAUCUACAAUUUCUAACGAAGAAAUUAAAAGUCCUCCUUCAAGUAGGAGCGAUAGUCCAAAAAUCACUUCUUCACCAAAUUCUCGCAAAAGUGCAAACAUCUCCACUGCUACCAAUGUUGCUGCUACACCACAAUCAAAACUCACAGAAUCUCGUGAAUUAGUUGUUAAAGUUUUUGGGCUUGAACCUCCAGGCAAAGAAACCAUAGAUGAACUUAUGUUACUAUUAGAAAAUAAAUUGACCACCAAUAUCACACUUAAUGUAAUGUCAACUCACUUGGCUCGUAAUCCAUACAAGAUUAAUCUAACUCGCGCGGUAUAUGAGGAGGAACAACCUCAAAAUGAUCAUGAUGCAUAA